UUGGUGUGGUGAGGUUGGCAGUUGUAAGAUUGGUGAGCAAAGAGGUUACGUAGCAUCGCAAACGCAUGUUACGGCUGCGAAGGAGUUAAUAAAACGAUUUGAUAAAGCAAAGAAAAGAGGGGAAAGACGCUUAGCGUGAAUGAUAGUUUCGACUUAGGCGAUAAUAAGGCCGAGCCGUAUUUAAAAAGCAAGCAAAAUGCUAAGUAAAACGAGACUGUUUCGCAAUGUUGCGACAUUAAGGAAUUGUUUGGGUGCGAAUGCGGAGUUUGGAUAUACGGGGACGUUGAUACCGCCGAUUCAGAUUCGAGAAAAAUCGCUGGCAACCCCACUCAACACUGUUGUAAUGUUCGUUCCACAUCAAGAGGCAUGGGUCGUUGAGAGAAUGGGAAAGUUCCAUAGAAUAUUGGAGCCUGGUCUUAACAUUCUUAUUCCAAUAAUUGACAAAGUUCAGUAUGUUCAAAGUCUUAAAGAAAUAGCGAUAGACGUUCCAAAACAGAGCGCCGUUACAUCAGAUAAUGUGACAUUAAAUAUCGAUGGAGUAUUGUACUUGAGAGUGAAUAAUGCCUAUUUAGCGUCUUACGGAGUCCAAGAUCCUGAAUUUGCCAUUAUACAGUUGGCGCAAACUACUAUGAGAUCCGAGUUGGGAAAAAUAUCUUUGGACAAGGUUUUUCAGGAAAGAGAAGGUCUUAACGUCAGUAUUGUAGAAAGUAUAAAUAAAGCGAGUGAAGCGUGGGGAAUAAGUUGCCUUCGUUAUGAAAUUCGUGACAUAAAAUUACCAGAAAGAGUGCAAGAAGCCAUGCAAAUGCAAGUCGAAGCUGAAAGAAAGAAAAGAGCUGCCAUUCUGGAGUCUGAAGGUAUUAGGGCUGCCGAUAUUAAUAUCGCCGAAGGUAAAAGACAGGCAAAAAUUCUUAGCUCGGAGGCUGAAAAGCAAGAAUUCAUAAACAAAGCUAAUGGAGAGGCUGAGGCUAUCCUAGCUGUGGCAACGGCACGUUCAAGAGGUUUGUCGGUAAUUGCGAACGCUUUGAAUGUUUCACGUGGACAUAAUGCGGCUGCGCUUAUCGUUGCUGAACAAUAUAUUCAAGCAUUCGACAAAUUAGCAAAAACAAAUAAUACCUUAAUCGUUCCUAAGAACGUCAGCGACGUGGGCAGUUUCGUUGCUCAGGCAAUGUCCAUUUAUAAACAUGUGAUGCCUGGAAACGAACCAAUUCAGACUUCUGAAAACGUUACCAAAUAUCAACAACCCGAAAGAUAUGAUGUAGAAACUACAGAUGAUUCGUCCUACGAGUACUUUAGCGAUAAAGAAGAAGCAGAAAACUACAGAAGAAAGAAUCACAACAAAAACUCGACAAAAAGAGUCUAAGAGUCUAAGAUGACAUUAUAGUUUAUGCAAAAUUGUCUUUGUAAAUAAAU